AGCUUAACCGCGCUCUCGAAGGACUGUAUGAUUUACGCGUGUGGGCGGAGGACUACUCACUCAAGAAGCUUUUUUACGACCUCUACCAGCUGAUACUCCAGUCCCGCAACGCAAUCAAUGAAUGCCCCCUCUCCCUCCUAGGUGGCAGUCAUCCCUUUGUUCCUGACAAGAGUAUUUUGAGAGGCUGUCUGGUACGCACGAUAUACGAUAUCGAAAAUGCGCGACUUUCCCCACCCCACAGUCUCCGCCAAUGGUCGUUAUGUAGUCUUCGUUGAGCAGGGUGACAGACUAUCAGUUAUUAACUUGGCGACCCAGGAAAUCUCUGCUACAUUGGAGCGAGACAUCAAGCCUUUUAACGUCGUCAUUUCUCCUGAUGGCCAUCUUGUUGCGUUUAACUCGCUUGACAACAUCCUUUACAUAUGGAGUUGGGACAACGCCAAUUCAUUCUGCAAAGAGCUCGCGGAUCAGGGCGAAGACUCCGGGUCAGUUAGUUUUAGCCCUGAUGGGAAGUAUCUUGCUGGCGAAGUUGGGGACACGGUUUGUAUAUGGGAUACGGCAGACCGGAAAACACUCGCGCUUGUUCCAGGGAAACGCCUUUGGACAAAUUCCUCACCAUUUACUCCGGAUGGUCGUUGCCUCGUUUUGUGCCAAUAUUUUUCAGAUACCAGAAGUCGUCAACUGGACGUUUUUGACAUCACCACUCAACCAAUAACUUCGCUUUUCGCAGUGGAGUGCACCGGCAUGGACGUUAACCUCUCACCUGAUGGUCAACAUUUGGUUUUGAAGGAGACGAACGAGAUCCAGUUGUGGACGAUUUCAACGGUGCAAGAUUUGCACGUUCAAGGGGUCCAGCUUCUCGAUGGCCGUUACGCAGUUUCCUAUCUAGAUGAGAACCCUAUCACCAUCUGGGAUAUCAUGACCCAGACAACUACCCAUUUCCAUGUAGGCACUGCUCCAGGGUUUGGUUCAUCCGCUCAGUUUGACCAUCACCUUCAGGGUGGUAUCCUGAGGUGAAAUGAAGCUGGAUGUUGGGGGCCUUGCCAAGAGAAUGGAAGAAGUGGGAGAUGAAUUCGGAUCCUCUAUCAGAGGUGAUGUGUGAGGGAACGCUGUGCUUGGAGAAGAUGUGGAUCAGGAACAGCUUUUCCAAAUCCGGUGCUGUGUCAGGGCACGCCCCAACAUGCCCCACCUGACCCCCGCUCUGCUGCCCCCCGCU